CGAAAAUUAAAACAAAGAAGAAUGCCGGCUCAGUGUGCGGCAUACAGUUCCACACUCCAUCGGACGAUCAAGACAAGGAAACUUGGAAUAACUUUCCACAGGGUGGGGAAAAUGUUGCUGUGGCCCAUUACAUGGUGAGCCAGAGAGGAACAGGCCGACAUUCCCACAUCACUGGACGCAGUGUACAUAAUCAAAGAAUUAAAAGAUUAUGGCGAGAUGUGUAUGGAAAUGUCCUUGACUUGUUCCACACACUAUUUCUCAAUUUGGAAGUGGAAGGGUUUCUAAACCCUGAAAAUGAACUGGAGUUAUUCACUCUCCACUGGACCUACGUCCCACAGCUGCAGCAGCAUCUUCAGGCAUUCAAGGAAGCCUGGACUCACCAUAGUUUGAGGACAGAGAGAGGGCAAUCCCCCAUGCAACUGUGGCUUAGUCAGCCACGUGAGGGAAAUGCUGCUGAUCCAGUUGAGGUUGCUGCUGAUUAUGGGAUAGACUGGACAGGACCUCACACCCCAUACCCAGAAGGCGUCACUGUACCUGAUGCACAACUACCCCGGCAGCUUACACAGGCUGAAGUUACAUCAUUGCCUGAUCCGGCCGUCCCUUUUUCUGCUGCACUACGGGCAUACAUGGAUACAGUGUAUAUUCUUAAGGACAUUUUUCAACAAACUAGACAUAUCACAACUCACCUUAACAGAAUCAGAAUGAAACGAACAAGACUCAAAAGAAUGCUGCAAAUUUUUGGUGCAUAA